AUGGACGCUAGCGCCUCCAGUAUCAAUCCUUCACAGCUCCCAUUCGACCGGAAUAUCACUUUCCAUGACUCUUCGUUCUUUCGAAAUCACGGAAAAUCGCGUACUCUUCCAUCACCGGAAAAGGUAAAGGGGAUCGCCAAGGCAACUAACAAAAACGCGUGGUUGAGGAGUCGACCACCGCCGGUAAUAUGCGAAGAUCUCGGUUUGCUGGUGAAAUAUGGAGAGGAGAUUACGAUUGCGGAAGGCCAGUGUCUCCUAGCCUUACGUCAGUUGCUUCCUGAUACUGUACCGGUUCCAGAGGUGUUUGGAUGGCGCGAACACGAUGGGCAGGUAUUCAUCUACAUGGAGCUCGUGAACGGUACGACAUUAGAAAAGAGUUGGGACAACAUGAAAAAAGAGGACAGAAUGGCGGUCUGUCAUCAACUACGUCAUAUGGUUGAUGCAUGGCGCAAUUUGAAGCAAGAGGCUAAGAGUCCAUUCGUCGGCCAUAUUGGCGGACAGCCGCUUUCAGAUGUCAUCUUCGAUUCCAGUUUCGCAAAAACUCCUGGACCUUCCAAAAUGUAUCAGCAUUUCAUGAUUAUUUCACAACUCAUUUCGGCCUGA